UACAGUACCCAGAAUACUUUGCUUCCCCCAUGGGUGUUUUUACUCCUUUCACGGUGCGGGACGCGGUAGUGGCUAGCGGACUGCCAGGCCCGGGGCUCUCUGUGUCCUUUCCUGGGUCAGGGACUAGGCAGUGACUUGGCUCCUGGGCGCUGUGCCCGGGAGCGAGCGCGGGCGGGCGGCCGCCGUCACUCCGGCGAGUUCUUGUCCCCUUCGCUUCUCUCCCGCUCCGAGCGCAGCGCUUGGACGGCCCGGGACCGACGGCCCGGUGCUCGGGUGACCAUCUCGGCUGCCGGGGCGGAGACCAGGCUGCAACGCCCGGAGUGCGGGAGCUCUGGGGACGAGGACGAGGAGCAGCAGGGAAGAUGGCGUCGGAGCUGGAUCCUGAGGUGCAGGCCCUCGACCGUACUUUGCUGGAAUGUUCGGCCGAGGAGACAGCGGGGAAAUGGCUGCAAGCAGUUGACCUCACUAGAGAAGUAUACCAGCAUCUAGCCCACUAUGUACCCAGAAUCUACUGCAGGGGUCCCAACCCUUUCCCGCAAAAAGAGGACAUGCUGGCCCAGCAUGUUUUGCUGGGCCCGAUGGAGUGGUACCUUUGUGGUGAAGAUCCUGCAUUUGGAUUUCCAAAACUUGAACAAGUGAACAAACCUUCUCAUCUUUGUGGCCGUGUUUUUAAAGUAGGAGAGCCUACAUACUCUUGCAGAGACUGUGCAGUUGAUCCAACUUGUGUUUUAUGCAUGGAAUGCUUUUUGGGAAGUAUUCAUAGAGACCAUCGAUACAGGAUGACCACUUCAGGAGGCGGCGGUUUCUGUGACUGUGGUGAUCCCGAAGCUUGGAAAGAAGGACCUUACUGUCAAAAACAUGAACUUAACACCUCUGAAAUUGAAGAAGAGGAUCCUCUUGUGCAUUUAUCAGAAGAUGUGGUAGCAAGAACUUACAACAUUUUUGCUAUUAUGUUUCGGUAUGCAGUGGAGAUAUUAACCUGGGAAAAAGAAAAUGAAUUGCCAGCAGAUUUGGAGAUGGAAGAGAAGAGCGACACUUACUAUUGCAUGUUGUUUAAUGACGAGGUUCACACCUAUGAACAAGUCAUUUACACUCUUCAGAAAGCUGUGAACUGUACACAAAAGGAAGCCAUUGGUUUUGCAACUACAGUAGAUCGGGAUGGGCGUAGAUCAGUUCGGUAUGGAGACUUUCAGUAUUGUGAACAAGCAAAAUCAGUGAUUGUGAGAAAUACCAGUAGACAGACGAAGCCACUCAAAGUUCAAGUUAUGCAUUCAUCUCUUGUUGCACACCAGAAUUUUGGUUUGAAGCUUUUGUCUUGGCUGGGGAGUAUCAUUGGAUAUUCAGAUGGCCUUCGCCGGAUUUUGUGUCAAGUUGGAUUACAAGAAGGGCCAGAUGGGGAAAACUCUUCUCUGGUGGAUAGACUGAUGCUUAGUGAUUCCAAAUUAUGGAAAGGUGCUAGGAGUGUAUAUCAUCAGUUAUUCAUGAGCAGCCUCCUUAUGGACUUGAAAUAUAAGAAAUUAUUUGCUGUGAGAUUUGCCAAGAACUAUGAGCGUUUGCAGAGUGAUUAUGUGACAGAUGACCACGACAGAGAGUUUUCAGUCGCAGACCUCUCGGUUCAGAUAUUCACAGUUCCUUCGCUUGGAAUGGAUCCUAUCACACGACAAGUAGGACAGCAUAUUGAAAUGGAGCCAGAGUGGGAAGCAGCCUUCACACUACAAAUGAAAUUAACACACGUCAUCUCCAUGGUGCAGGACUGGUGUGCUUCAGAUGAGAAAGUGUUAAUUGAAGCUUAUAAGAAAUGCCUCGCUGUGUUGAUGCAAUGUCACGGUGGUUUUACUGAUGGUGAACAGCCAAUCACACUAAGUAUUUGUGGACACUCAGUGGAAACUAUCAGAUAUUGUGUUUCUCAGGAAAAAGUUAGCAUUCACCUCCCAGUUUCUCGCUUGCUCGCAGGUCUGCAUGUAUUACUGAGCAAAAGUGAAGUGGCGUAUAGAUUUCCAGAGCUCCUACCUCUAAGUGAACUUAGCCCACCCAUGUUGAUAGAACACCCACUUCGAUGUCUUGUUUUGUGUGCCCAAGUACAUGCUGGAAUGUGGAGAAGAAACGGGUUCUCACUAGUAAAUCAGGAGAACAAGGAGACUGGCAUGGAGAAUGUCAUUGAAACAGUUGCCCAUUUCAGUCUCACUAAUUAUUUAAUGUCCCUUUUGACCUUUCUCUUUUCCUUUAUCCCCAAAAAACAACAACAACAAAAAAAGACAGGUGUCUCCAUGAUGGAUCCAAACCAUUUCCUGAUGAUAAUGCUCAGCCGCUUUGAACUUUAUCAGGUCUUCAGUACGCCAGAUUAUGGGAAAAGAUUCAGUUCAGAGAUCACCCAUAAGGAUGUUGUUCAGCAAAACAAUACUCUAAUAGAAGAAAUGCUAUACCUCAUUAUAAUGCUUGUUGGUGAGAGAUUUAGUCCUGGGGUUGGACAGGUGAAUGCCACAGAUGAAAUUAAGCGGGAAAUUAUCCAUCAGCUGAGCAUCAAACCUAUGGCUCAUAGUGAAUUGGUAAAGUCUCUACCUGAAGAUGUAAGUACCUACAUUGGCCUGAGUUCAGUCACCACCCCCCCCCUUUUUUUUAAUAGAAAACCUGGAUUAACAGGACGUGGCAUGUAUGAGCUGAAACCAGAAUGUGCCAAAGAGUUCAACUUGUAUUUCUAUCACUUCUCAAGGGCAGAGCAGUCCAAGGCAGAAGAAGCUCAACGAAAAUUGAGAAGACAAAAUAAGGAAGAUACAGCACUUCCACCUCCAGUAUUGCCUCCUUUCUGCCCUCUGUUUGCAAGUCUGGUCAACAUUCUGCAGUCAGACAUCAUGCUGUGCAUCAUGGGCACAAUCCUGCAGUGGGCUGUAGAACAUAAUGGGUAUGCCUGGUCAGAGUCUAUGCUGCAAAGGGUGUUACAUUUAAUUGGAAUGGCACUACAAGAAGAAAAACAACAUUUAGAGAAUGCCAUGGAAGAACAUGUAGUAACAUUUACCUUCACUCAGAAGAUUUCAAAGCCUGGGGAAGCACCGAACAACUCUCCAAGCAUCCUGGCCAUGUUGGAGACACUACAGAACGCACCCUACCUAGAGGUCCACAAAGACAUGAUUCGGUGGAUAUUAAAGACUUUUAAUACAAUUAAGAAGAUAAGAAAGAAUUCAUCUACCAGUCCUGUGGCAGAGGCAGAAGGAACCAUAAUGGAGGAGAAUUCAAAGGACAAAGACAAAGCUGAGAGGAAGAGAAAAGCAGAAAUUGCCAGACUGCGAAGAGAAAAGAUCAUGGCACAAAUGUCUGAGAUGCAGCGGAACUUUAUCGAUGAGAACAAAGAGCUCUUCCAGCAAACGUUAGAACUAGAUGGCUCUUCCACCACGGUUCUUAACAGCAGCCCUGUGGUUUCAGGUAUGACCCUUACAGCCCUCGGCCCAGAACAGACACGGGUCCCUGAAAACAAAGAGUUUGUCACCUGUAUAUUAUGUCAAGAGGAGCAAGAAGUUAAUGUGGAAAGUAGAGCCAUGGUCUUGGCAGCAUUUGUCCAAAGAUCAACUGUAUUAUCAAAAAACAGAAAUAAAUUCAUUGAGGAUCCAGAAAAGUAUGAUCCAUUAUUCAUGCACCCUGAUCUGUCUUGUGGAACACACACUGGUAGCUGUGGGCACAUUAUGCAUGCCCAUUGUUGGCAAAGGUAUUUUGAUUCCGUUCAAGCUAAAGAGCAGAGAAGGCAACAGAGAUUACGCAUACACACAAGCUAUGAUGUAGAGAAUGGAGAGUUCCUCUGCCCGCUUUGCGAAUGCUUGAGUAAUACUGUUAUUCCUCUACUGCUUCCUCCCAGAAAUGUUUUCAGCAGCAGGUUAAAUUUUUCAGACCAACCAAAUCUGACUGAAUGGAUUAGAACAAUAUCUCAACAAAUAAAAGCAUUACAGAGUCUUAGGAAAGAAGAAAGUGCUCCCAAUACUGCCUCUUCAAAGAAUUCAAAGAACAUGGAUCCGUUACAGCUGCCUGAAGGUUUCAGGCCUGAUUUUCAUCCUAAGAACCCUUAUUCUGAGAGCAUUAAGGAAAUGUUAACAACAUUUGGAACUGCUACCUACAAGGUGGGACUAAAAGUUCACCCCAAUGAAGAAGAUCCCCGUGUACCCAUAAUGUGUUGGGGCAGCUGUGCAUACACCAUCCAGAGCAUAGGUAAGAGAUUUACAGCUUGUAUGGUGUUUUGUCUUACAGAAGUGAAUGGCAUGGAUCAGGAAAACCCUACUGGGGAAGAAGAGUUAGCAGUGCUUGCUUUGUAUAAAAUGCUUCACCAGUGUACAGGAAGGUUAUACUCGGGCUGUACUGUCUGUUGUUACAUGUAUUCUUUUUCAUUUGCAGUUUCGGGAUCAAAUCAUUUUGAACAUUUAUGUAACUAUCUUUCCCUACCAACCAACCUCAUUUGCCUUUUUCAACGAAAUAGUGAGAUAAUGAAUUCGCUGAUUGAAAGUUGGUGUCACAACAGUGAAGUUAAAAGAUACUUACAGGGUGAAAGAGAUGCAAUCAGUUAUCCAAGAGAAUCAAACAGAUUAAUAGACCUUCCCGAGGAUUACAGCAGCCUCAUUAAUCAAGCAUCCAAUUUCUCGUGCCCCAAAUCAGGUGGUGAUAAGAGCAGAGCCCCGACGCUGUGCCUCGUGUGCGGGACACUGCUGUGCUCACAGAGCUACUGCUGCCAGACGGAGCUGGAAGGGGAGGACGUCGGCGCCUGCACUGCACACACGUACUCCUGCGGCUCCGGUGCGGGCAUCUUCCUAAGAGUACGUGAAUGUCAGGUGCUAUUCUUAGCCGGCAAAACCAAAGGCUGUUUUUAUUCUCCUCCUUACCUUGACGACUACGGGGAGACUGACCAGGGACUCAGACGGGGAAACCCUUUGCAUUUGUGCAAUGAGCGAUUUAAGAAGAUCCAGAAGCUCUGGCACCAGCACAGCAUCACAGAGGAAAUCGGACAUGCGCAGGAGGCAAACCAGACCCUAGCUGGCAUUGACUGGCAGCAUCUAUGAGCACUUCACCACCAAAAAUGUGAAUUUCCUGGAGUUUCAUGACCCAGUCGGCUUUUUAAGGAAGAAAGUGGGAAAUAGUUCUGCUGAAUUUUGAAAUAAAUUCUUUAUUUAAGUUUUA